GAGCGCAUGCGCAUUAUAGUGACGUCACUACCGGGAAGCCUGCGAGCAUCCUUGCGCGCGAGAUAGAAAUUACAGCGCGAUAAGUAUCUGGCAGCCGGAGUAGUUGAGGAAAAGGGAGACGGGUAAAAUCUAUGCGGCAGUUUUGUCCAGGACUAUAGGAAACGCCGCCUGACAAAGCUAUAUGCACGGCAGAACUGUGACAGGGGGAUUUUUAGUAAAACUGGAAGUGAGGAGUGCUUGAAUUGUGCAGUGAAAUGGCCUGGUGGCCGCGCGGUGAUGAGGGGGAGGAGCAAGUUUAUCAGGACACAGACUCCGACGUAGCUGAGCAGCGGGACAGUGGUAAAGUAAAGGUGAAAUGGACACAGGAUGAGGAUGACUAUCUCAGAACUUUGGUUCAGAAAUUUGGCCCUCAUGACUGGAAAUCCAUAGCCAGCUUCUUACCAAAUCGCACUGAACACCAGUGCCAGCAUCGCUGGUUUAAGGUUCUGGAUCCUGAUCUGGUCAAAGGGCCUUGGACCAAAGAGGAAGAUGAGAAGGUGAUACAGCUGGUCAAUAAAUAUGGCAACAAGCAGUGGGCUAUGGUGGCAAAACACCUGAAAGGCAGGCUUGGCAAACAGUGUCGGGAGCGUUGGCACAACCAUCUCAACCCUGACGUGAAGAAGUCUUCCUGGACAGCAGAGGAGGACCUCGUCAUUUACAAGGCACACUGUGUGCUUGGCAAUCGCUGGGCUGAGAUAGCCAAGCUUCUUCCUGGCAGGACAGACAAUGCCGUGAAGAAUCACUGGAACUCUACUAUCAAGCGCAAAGUAGAGAUGGGCUGCUAUGCUGGGGAAGAUGUUUUCCUGAAUUUAGAAGAGAGUGCAGUUGUCACCCAACCAAAUCCUGACCAGGAGGUGGCUGUUAUGGAUGCUGCUGCAGUGUCACAAUCCACAGGAAAGGAUAUUCCAUGCACCUCUGCAACUAUGGAAGCUCCACCCACAAUGGAAAUAUCAAAGCAUACUUCUCCUCAGCAGCCCCGCGGGGGGGCGACACCCAAACCAGAGAUGGACACCUCCUCAGAGUCGAACCCGAGCUGCUGGGUGGUGGACAGUUCAGGGUUCCUGUCACCCACAUCUGGUCCUGCUUUCAAGGAGGUGAUGGAGCUGAUGGAAGGGGACUUGGAAGGUUUGUGUGAUCUGACCGCGUUUGACCUGCCAGAAGAAACCCAGGGCUCUGAGGUGCUGCAGUUCCGUCUGGAGGAGGGCACACUGCAGGAGCUGAGCCGGGGCAAUCGGGGGGAGCUGAUUCCCAUCUCCCCUGGGGCAGCUACCCCUCCCUCCAUUCUAACGCGCCGAAGCCGCAGACGCAUUGCCUUGUCCCCAGACGCCAACGACAGCAUGACUCCUAAGAGCACCCCGGUCAAAAACCUGCCAUUCUCCCCUUCACAGUUCCUUAACCUGUGGACCAAGCAGGAUACCCUAGACCUGGAGAACCCAUCCCUCACCUCUACCCCCGUGUGCAGCCAAAAAGCCAUCGUCACUACACCUCUGCACCGGGACAAAACUCCACUCACCCAGAAGGAAAGCUCUGUGUUUAUCACUCCAAAUCAUAAGUCUGAUAUGGACAUUACGCCCCGCACUCCCACGCCCUUCAAAAACGCCCUGGAAAAAUACGGCCCAUUGCGUCCCCUGCCACCAACUCCGAACUUAGAGGAAGAUCUGAAGGAAGUUCUGCGCAGUGAGGCUGGAAUCGAGCUGAUAGUGGAGAAUGAAACUCCCCCUGAACAGAAACGUAAACAGCAUCGGCCUCCCAUGAAAAAAGUGCGCAAGUCUCUGGCUCUGGAUGUUAUGGAAUGCACUGAAAAUGUUCCUGUCAGACCUUCGAAAUCUACUUUUGCACCCAACAUGAAGACAGAGACGUCCCUAUCAGUCUCUCUCAACUCUUCUUCCUGUGCCAAGAAAGAUGAGAAUAUUCUGAAUCAGGGCUUCAUUAUUGCCCCAACUGAGACCAUCCCCAUCUCUAGUGUAGUGCCCCCAGCACCGAUGUCUCAUGAUUGGGAAGCAGUGGCGUGUGGGCGGACAAAAGACCAGCUCAUCAUGACUGAAAAAGCCCGGCGUUACCUUCAAGCAUUGAAACCCAAGCCUCCCAACCGUGCCCUCAUCCUGUCUUAGACUUUAUAACAACCCUGAAGCAAAUCCCACUGCUUUCCCUUGUCUACCUUUUCCUCUGCUCAUCAUGUACAGCAUAAUUCAAGCUUGCCAAGGAAUAACUGAUCCAGUAACCAUAAAUAUUGGUCAGAAUGACUAUAAAUUGUUUUUCUGGCAAAGACUGUAUCGAUGAAAGUACUGUAUAAGAAGCAAAUACUGCUUCAUUGGUACGUCUUGUAUCAAGAACUUGCAUAUUCUCACUUAAGGCAGUAUUUGAUGAUGUCAGGUGUUGUGCUUUGGUUUUUUCUAAACAUAGUGGUUCUUUCCUUGGAUUGUUAUAACAUUUACGCUUAGGAGCAGUUAAUGCUUAUUCAACACUGAAGUGUAACACAAUUCAAAGUAAGCUUCUAUAUGCAGUUAGAAUGCAACAUUUCUUUCACAUUUUGCUUAUUUAUAGCGUAUUGCGUUCAGUUUAUCCUGAAAGAUUGGUCAGGGACUUUUUCUUUAAUGUUUACUUUUCUCUAAGGAAAAUAAGGUUACAGUAUUUUAUUGAUCUACUGUUUUAUACAUUUUUUUUUCCCCAAACCAUAGCAAUACUUAAAUAGUCAGGGGAAAAAGGACUGUUUAAAAACAAGCACUGUGUGUAUAUGUAUAUUUGAGUGGAAUAGCCAAGUCUCAGGUAGCCAUGUGCGCUGGACCCUGACACCCUCUGACAGUGACCUCAGCAAUCAGGACAGCAAUGGUGCUACAGUUACCCAGAGCAUUAUCUGCGUCGGUCUUAAAAUGCAGCUGUAAAAAGAGGAAACAUCUACAGUGACACCUGAUAAGGCGCCAGAUGUAUGUAACUUUCAGGAUGCAAUUUUGUUUUGAUUGUUUAAUUGUAAUGUCUGAUACGGUGUCAUUAUUAUCUAAAUAAGGGGUGUUUUAACUCUGGGUCUCACUGGCCAAAUGAAAAAGCAAUUUACUAGCUAUUAACUGUUUGACACCUUAACCUUUAGGUAAAAUUAUUGAUUGUCCAAAUACAAAAUGAUUAAGAGCUUGAGUGGAAGCAAGCAUUCUGGGAUUCUGGAAGACAUGGGUUGGACACCCCUGAUCUAAAUCAUUGUAUAUGUCUGUACUGUAUUAUGUGUGGAACACACAAAAAAAAACAUUAAAAGUGCAAAUUGUAAAUUAA